AUACCAAAAAAAAAAAUGGAACAUCAAACAACUCAAAAGCAGAAAACAAAGGAAAAGAGCAAAGGCAACAACAAGACCAAGUUCGUGGGAGUUAGGCAAAGGCCUUCAGGAAAAUGGGUGGCUGAGAUCAAAGACACGACGCAGAAGAUACGAAUGUGGCUCGGAACCUUUGAGACCGCAGAAGAAGCUGCUCGAGCCUACGACGAAGCUGCCUGUCUCCUACGUGGCUCCAAUACUCGCACCAAUUUCGCAAACCAUUUUCCAAACAACUCACAACUGUCUUUGAAGAUUAGAAAUCUUCUUCACCAGAAGCAGAGCAUGAAACAACAACAACAACAACAACAACAAAAGAAACCCAUCUCUUCUUUUGCGGAACGCAGUAUCAACUACAACACUUCGACUGCUACUAGUCUCACCACCACCACCACUACGACCACAGUGGUGCCAAUCAAUAAUGUGUACAGCCCUGAUCCAUCGGUUAUAUUACAACCAGAAAACGAGAAUGUCCUGCUUCCUUACUCUUGGCCCCUUGUCUCUGGAUUCAACCAUCAGGUUCCUUUGACUCAGGGAGGGGAAGAAGCACAUGGACAUCUCAACAAUCCACACCCAACCGAUCCACAUUCGGGUCUCGCUGAAAUCGAAAGACAGAUAUCUGCAUCUUUAUAUGCAAUGAAUGGAGCCAACAGUUACUUUGAUAACAUGAAUGCAGAAUAUGCGAUUUUCGAUCCUACCGAUCCCAUUUGGGAUCUCCCUUCACUCUCUCAACUCUUCUGCCCUACAUGA